AUGUCCGGUCAACAGAUGAUGGAGAUGCCCGAUCUCUCCAAUGCUAUUGUAGCACAGGAUGAGAUGGGAAGACCUUUCAUCAUUGUGAGAGAUCAAGGAAAGAAACAGAGAGCUCAUGGUAUAGAGGCGGUGAAGUCGCACGUGCUUGCUGCCAGAUCAGUGGCGUCCAUUCUGAAGACCUCGUUGGGGCCAAGAGGUUUGGAUAAGAUUUUGAUCUCGCCAGACGGAGAAAUUAACAUCACCAACGAUGGAGCCACUAUUUUAACCCAGAUGGAGCUUUCCAGUGAAAUUGCCAAGCUUUUGGUUGAGUUGUCAAAGUCCCAAGAUGAUGAGAUUGGAGAUGGUACUACUGGUGUGGUCGUUUUGGCCGGUGCCAUGCUUGACCAAGCCCUGGAGCUUAUCGACAAAGGUAUUCAUCCAAUCAAGGUGGCGAACGGAUUUGAUGAAGCAAGCAAAAUUGCAGUUGCUCACCUUGACAAGAUCGCGGAUACCAUCUCGAUAAACACUUCGGAUAUCAGCGAGAACCUGACCAGUGACUCCGAGCUUUUCAAGGCUGCAAAGACCUCUUUGGGUUCGAAGAUCGUUUCUAAGACUCAUGACAAGUUUGCAAGGAUGGCAGUUGAGGCCGUCUUGAGUGUGGUUGACUUUGAGAGAAAAGAUGUUGAUUUCGAACUCAUCAAGAUAGAAGGCAAGGUCGGUGGAUCUCUGGAGGAUUCCAAGCUUAUCAAGGGUGUUGUAAUCGACAAGGAUUUUUCACAUCCUCAGAUGCCCAAGGAGAUACGAGACGUCAAAGUUGCAAUUUUGACAUGUCCAUUUGAGCCCCCAAAGCCAAAGACAAAACACAAGUUGGAUAUCUCGACGGUGGAGGAGUUCAAGUCCUUGCAGACCUACGAGCAGGAUAAAUUCAAGGAGAUGAUCAAAUACGUCAAGGACUCAGGUGCGAAUCUAGUAGCUUGCCAAUGGGGUUUUGAUGAUGAAGCCAACCAUUUGUUGUUGCAAAACGACCUGCCUGCUAUCAGAUGGGUUGGUGGUCCAGAGCUGGAGCUUUUGGCCAUUGCUACCAACGGAAGAAUUGUUCCUCGUUUCGAGGACCUCACUCCCGAGAAACUCGGAACCGCCGGUAAGGUCACCGAGCUUGAGUUUGGAACCACCAGAGACCACAUGUUGGUGGUUGAGGAAUGUGCCAAUGUCAAGGCUGUUACUGCAUUCCUUAGAGGCUCCAACAAGAUGAUCGUGGAUGAGGGAAUCAGAGCCUUGCAUGAUUCUUUGUGUGUGGUCCGUAACUUGAUCCGUGAUAACCGUGUUGUGUACGGAGGUGGAGCUGCUGAGAUUGCGUGUUCUAUUGCGGUUGCUGCUGAAGCUGACAAACAGAAGGGUAUUGACCAAUAUGCGUUCCGUGCUUUUGCCCAGGCCCUCGAUGUCAUUCCAUUGUCAUUGGCUGAAAACUCUGGUCUAGACCCAAUUGACACUCUCACUUCCUUGAAGUCGAAGCAGGUGAAUGAAUCCAAUAACAAUCUGGGUGUUGACUGUCUUGGAGCUAACAAUAACGACAUGAAGGAGUUGUUCGUUAUAGAUCCAUUGAUUGGCAAGAAGCAGCAGUUGUUGCUUGCCACGCAAUUGACCAGGAUGAUCUUGAAGAUCAACGAUGUCAUUAUCAGUGGUAAGGAUGAGUACUAG